AUGGACUCAGCCAGCGACAAUUCCGAGAAAAAGGACGCCCAUAUACAUGCUUCUAGCACCGUACACAGCUACGACGUCGACGUCGGUGCUCAGCUGAUUGCUGAGACAGACAGUUCCCUAACUCCACAGGAGGCCUCUCGGCUGAGGGCCAAGAUUGAUUGGCAUGUUUUACCAUUCAUGUGCAUCAUGUACUUAAUCACGUUCAUGGAUAAAACAACUCUGGGAGAGGCAGCGGUGCUGGGCAUAAUGGAUGGUGCACAUCUAACUGCAAACCAGUACAACUGGCUUGGCACAAUAUUUUAUCUGAGCUACCUCGUUUUUCAAUACCCUCAGAACUUGGCGUUGCAGCGCUUCCCUGUUGGAAAAUGGAUGAGCAUCAAUAUAUUUUUGUGGGCCGUGGUCCUGCUAUGUCAUGCUGCUUGCAAAUCUUUCGGAUCAUUGUUUGCGGUGCGCUUCUUGCUGGGGAUGUUCGAAGGCGCUGUUACGCCCGGCUUCAUGAUUGUCACAUCCAUGUUCUAUACUCAUGCCGAGCAAACGAGGCGUGUCGGUUAUUGGUUUUUGAUGAACGGUUUUGCUGUGAUUAUUUUGGGCUUUAUUAGUUUUGGUCUCCUUCACACGCAUACAGCCUUCAUGCCCUGGCAAUGGCUCAUGAUUAUCACUGGAACCAUUACAUUGAUCACCUCUGUGCUCUUCUGGUUCUUCUUCCCUGAUUCGCCCACAACUGCAUGGUUCUUAACUCCAGAAGAGAGAGUUGCGGCGAUUCGCAGAAUUCAAGUGAAUCAAAGUGGCGUAGAGAACAAACGUUUCAAGAAAGAACAGUUCCUCGAAACUGUGAAGGACCCAAAGACGUGGUUGAUGGCAUUCUUUGCAGGGUCUGCAAACAUCGUGAACUCUCUCACCAAUCAACGUCAAUUGAUUGUCUCACAAUUCGGGUUCAAUGGUAUCCAGACAACUCUUCUUGGCUGUGUUGAUGGUGCGGUCGAAAUUCUCGCCAUUUGGCUGGGAGUCACGGUUCUUGUUCCACAGCCAUCCAUCGGCAGGUCAUAUGCUGGUGUACUAAUGUACAUUCCUGGGAUACUUGGCUCGAUACUCGUUAGCACACUUCCGUUCUCUAACAAAAUAGGUUUACUAUUCUCAUACUGGAUUUCAAUCUUUGCGAUUGCACCAUUUCCUAUCUUCCUUGGUUGGGUUAGUUCGAUAACAUCCGGACACACGAAACGGAUUACCACCAAUGGCAUCGUCCUGUGCUCGUAUGCGGUUGGCAAUGCCGUCAGUCAGUUUAUGUGGCAGGCACAGUAUCAACCCAGGAACCACAUUCCAUGGGCUGUGAUCACAUCAUGCAAUUUUGCUGCCGGUAUCGCGUUGGUGGUUCUUCGUUUCAUGUUCGCCAGUGAGAACAGGAAACGAGAACGAGAAACCCCCGACAAGCAUGAUGCCGUGUACAUACGAGACGAAUCGGGUACGGAGAGGAAGGUCGACAAAGCCUUCCUUGAUCUCACGGACAAACAAAAUCGCGACUUCCGCUAUGUUCUGUAG